AGCGUCACGUGUCCGGGAGGGGGCGGUCGCGGCCGCGCUGGGUUAGUUGUCAGUGUGUGUGGCGGCGGCGGCGGCGGUGGAGACUCAGCGUUCUACCUUGUAAAUACUGUUAUUUGUAUAUACUGUAAAUGAUGACAUCGGUGGGCACUAACCGAGCCCGGGGGAGCUGGGAACAGACACAGACGCAGAACCAGGCACAGCACAAGCAGCGGCCACAGGCCACUGCGGAGCAAAUUCGGCUUGCACAGAUGAUAUCGGACCACAACGACGCUGACUUCGAGGAGAAAGUGAAACAACUGAUUGACAUCACAGGCAAGAACCAGGAUGAGUGCGUCAUCGCCCUGCACGACUGUAACGGGGACGUGAACAGAGCCAUCAAUGUGCUGUUGGAGGGGAAUCCGGACACGCAUUCCUGGGAAAUGGUUGGCAAAAAGAAGGGUGUUUCGGGACAGAAGGACAGCGGGCAAACGGAACCCAGCGAAGAAGGCAAAGAGAACCGAGAGAGGGAGAGGGACUUCAGCCGGCGACGCGGCGGGUUGCCAAGAAGGGGCCGGGGAGCAAGCCGCGGAAGAGAGUUUCGGGGGCAGGAGAACGGACUGGAUGGUGGCAAGGCCGGUGGAUCUUCUGGACGAGGCACGGAGAGAGGCCGACGGGGGCGCGGGAGAGGCAGAGGUGGCUCCGGAAGGCGGGGAGGAAGGUUCUCCGCCCAAGGCAUGGGAACUUUCAACCCAGCGGACUACGCAGAGCCGGCAAGCACGGAAGAAGGUUAUGGGAAUAGUAAUAACAACACAUGGAAUAACACUGGUAGCUUUGAGCCGGACGAUGGGACGAGUAAGUGGCCCGGGCUUAGGGGUGGGGGUGGAUCUUCAUUCAGAGAAGGUGCUGAUGACGUCCCAAGUUUGCUGAGUCAAUGGGAUCUCCAUCUGAAGAACCCGUCGGAUUCUGCGGUGCACAGCCCGUUCGCCAAGCGCCAGGCCUUCCCACCCACCUCGGCCAUGAUGGACGUGUUCCUGCAGGACAAGCCGCCUGUGGUGACGGCCUCCGUCACGGCCCCGGCGCCCCCCUCGUCCCCCCUGGCUAGCAAAACCAACCCCGUUCCGCAGAUGUCCCCGGGCUCCUCGGACAACCAGUCGUCCAGCCCCCAGCCAGCCCAGCAGAAGUUGAAGCAGCAGAAAAAGAAGGCGUCCUUGACAUCAAAGAUUCCUGCUUUGGCGGUGGAAAUGCCCGGCUCCGCGGAUAUCUCGGGACUUAACUUGCAGUUCGGGGCGUUGCAGUUCGGUUCAGAGCCUGUCCUUUCGGAGUACGAACCCGCUCCGGCCACGAGUGCCUCCGUGAGCCAGCCUCCGAGCAGCCUGUACACAAGUACGGCAAGCGAGUCUCUGUCCACGAUUUCGUCCAACAAGGCCCAGGAGUCUGGUUACCAGAGCAGCACCAUGCCUACAGCGACAUAUACCUCCCAGAACAGCGCUCAGGGACCACUGUACGAGCAAAGAUCCACGCAGACACGGCGAUACCCGAACUCUCUCUCCUCCUCACCCCAGAAAGACUUGACCCAGGCCAAGAAUGGCUUCAGCUCUGUGCCACCCACCCAGUUGCAAACAACGCAGACAGCUGAAGGUUCCACGGGCCCAGCGGUGAAAUCGGACUCCCCCUCCGCCCCUAGCAUCACGGCCCCUCUCAACGACACCGUCUCCGCGGCCUCCCUGCUCACCACGGCCACCCAGCACUCCUCAGUGCUCAGCAGCCUGAACCAUGCCGAGGAGCUCCCCAGCACGGCCACCACGCAGCACAGCAGCACGUUACCCACCCAGCAGAACAGCCUUUCCUCCUCAACUUCCUCUGGCCGCACGUCGACUUCCACUCUCCUGCACACCAGUGUGGAGAGCGAAGCCGGCCUCCAUUCUUCCGCAAGCACUUUCUCCACCUCCUCCAGCACGGUUUCGGCUGCGCCCCCAGUGGUCAGUGCCCCCUCCAGUCUGAGCAGCGUCAGCAGCCUGGGGCUCAGCAGCAACUCCACAGUGACCGCCACCACCCGCAGCUCGGUGGCCACGACAUCAGGCAAAGCUCCCCCCAACUUGCCUCCUGGAGUGCCGCCGUUGCUGCCGAACCCAUACAUCAUGGCUCCGGGGCUGCUGCCCGCCUAUCCGACUAAACAUCUUCAGCUCCCUGUCCUCAUAGGGCAUGGAUUCCAGACCUUCUACUAUUUUGGUUCCCCUUCUCUGGACACGUUCCAGCUUGUCCAAUAUCCCAGCUACUCAAAUUCGCGCACCCACGUUCUGACUAUGACAUGGGUAUUUCACAGACAGGCGAGAUUCCCGUUGGAUUACUACAGCAUCCCGUUUCCGACGCCGACCACCCCGUUGUCUGGAAGGGAUGCCAGCCUGAGCAGCAACCCUUACUCUGGUGACCUCCCGAACAGUUUGUGGCCAGCCUCCCUCCCAGCGCCGGCGACCACCCUGGGCGCAACCCAACAGAACAGGCAUGAGGCUUCCCACACCACCCAACAGGGCCUUCCUGAACCGGCCCUGCCCGGCUACAGCUUCACCAGCCUGCCGUGUCCCCGGGCAGGUCACGGGGCACCUUGUACCUUCGGUAUGGGGCCUGCCCGUGUUCCCAUGAGUGGGGAGGCCACGCUGGUUCGCCUACCUCUUCUAAGCAGCUGGCGUGCGUCCAUCGGCGAUAGGCAGCCUCGACCCCCGUUUCAGCAGCCCAGUGGCUAUGGCUCCCACGGAUACAGCACUGGUGUGUCAGUAACAUCCAGUAACACGGGCGUGCCAGAUAUCUCUGGCUCAGUCUACUCCAAAACACAGCAGUCCUUUGAAAAGCAGGGAGUUUCCACACCCGGAACUUACCGGCCUCGUUCCAACUUGCGUGCGUGUGAACUGGCAUGGCGGCCCCAUCAACCAAACCCGGCUGCACGCCCUACCGCUACGCCGAGCAGAUUCAUGCACAUCCCUGGCCUUAGCAUCAGCAGCAGCACUUUCUCCAGAUCUUUGCAUCACCACCUGCAGCAGGGGCCGGGCGGAGUGGCGUUUUUGCAGUCGAUUCUGUACUUCCAACGCCAGCAAGAAGACCAGAGCACCACUGGCCAGCGCAGCCAGGGAAGUUCCAUCCCGCAGAAAUCGCAGGCAAACAAGUCCGCCUACAAUAGCUACAACUGGGGCGCCAACUGAAGGGGCUCGGGGCGGCUCCACACUUCAACCAAGAGACGGACAGACGGACAGAAGCAGACGAUCGAUCUACAGCAACCUAACCAAGAAAGAAGGACCCCCCCGGGGGAGGAGCUCCCUUAACCUCGGCUUGGCCCUCGCAGCCCCGGCGAGCUCAGCCCCCGUGGCUGGGCUCGGUGUCCCCCCCACCCAGCCGCCCUCUCUUUCCCCUCCCCCUCCUCAAUUGUAUGUAAUAUAGAAUUUGUAUCUUUUUUUCUUUUAUUUUCUCUCUCUCUGCAUUCAUUCAGAUUACGAGCUGUUCAGCCGUAGGGGCCUUUUUUUUUGUUUUGUUUUUCUACUCCUUUACUCCUGUCCCCACUCGCCCCCCAAAAGUACCGCCCGGCGGAUCCAAAGGAGUCAACACCUGGAGUCCCCUCCCCCUACAAUGCCCCCCUUUAUUAUUAGGAAUAAGAGCAGUAAUUGAUAUGAACCGCAUUGUAAGAUUAAUUAGUUGAAGUGUUUUUUUUGUACUGUGUUCUAAAUUUAAUGGAUAAAUGUGUCUUGUAUAUAAAAACGAAAACCCCA